UCUGAAAUACAUGUCAUUUCCUUGGGAAGAAUGUGAUGUGUUAUGAUUUUCUAAUGUCUUAUCAGCACCUUAAAGGGUUUUGUAGUAUUCAGUGAAACGUCUUCAAUUUGGUAAGCAAUGUCGGCCGCAGAAGGCGAUCGCAGUUCGGACCAGCUAAAUAAAUUCGAGAAACUGACAGGGAGGCCUCCACUCCGGGUAUCACUUUCAGGUCUUCAUAUGCCCCCAGCUCGAAGCGGGCAUCGCUGCGUGGCAGACAACACUAACCUGUAUGUGUUCGGGGGGUACAACCCGGACUACGACGAGUCGGGCGGCCAGGAGAAUGAGGACUACCCGUUGUUCAGGGAACUCUGGAGGUACCACUUCGCUACAGGCACAUGGCAGCAGAUCCGCACAGAGGGCUUCAUGCCCACCGAGCUGGCGUCCAUGUCAGCUGUUUUACACGGCAACAAUCUGCUGGUGUUCGGUGGCACCGGGAUUCCCUUCGGGGAAAACAAUGGGAACGACGUCCACGUCUGCAACGUGAAGUACAAGCGGUGGUCGCUGCUCAACUGCAGAGGGAAGAAGCCCAACCGAAUCUACGGACAGGCAAUGGCCAUCAUUAACGGCUUCCUGUAUGUGUUUGGGGGAACCACGGGCUACAUCUACAGUACAGACCUGCACAGACUGGACCUGACCACCCGAGAAUGGAUCCACCUCAAACCCAACAACCCACCGGACGACCUGCCUGAGGAACGGUACAGGCAUGAAAUAGCACACGACCGCCAGAGGAUAUACAUCCUGGGAGGGGGGACCUCCUGGACCUCGUACCCCCUGGACAAGAUACACGCUUACAACCUGGAGACAAAUUCCUGGGAAGAGAUCUCAACGAAGCCACACGAUAAAAUAGGGUACCCUGCUCCCAGGAGAUGUCACAGCUGUGUGCAGAUCCAGACCGACGUGUUUAUAUGCGGCGGCUACAACGGGGAAGUGAUAGUGGCUGACCUGUGGAAGAUCAACCUACAGACGUUUCAGUGGACCAAGCUCCCGGCAGUAAUGCCUGAACCAGCCUACUUUCAUUGUGCAGCUGUGACCCCGGCGGGCUGCAUGUACAUUCACGGCGGAGUGGUGAACAUCCACGAGAACAAGCGGACUGGCUCCCUGUUUAAGAUCUGGCUGGUGGUGCCCAGCCUGCUGGAGCUGUGCUGGGAGCGCCUCCUCAAAGCCCACCCACACCUGGCCCAGCUGCCCACCAUCCAGCUCCUCAACCUGGGCCUCACACAGGAACUCAUUGAGCGCUUGAAAUAAAGGACGGACGGAUGUGGAGCGCAGGAUUUUGUUUUAAGGGGGUCACCCUUAAGGGAGGGUCCAGGCUUUGCGUACAUUGCCCCGCCUUAAAACCAAAAACAAUAGGAUGCCUUUUUUCUUUUGAACUUGUGACGAUUUUUAAAAAGGAAAAUGAAGUGGACUGUUUCACGCCCCCUCCAGGCCACCUGACCUACUGUAGGCUGGGCGGCUGGCCAGUAACCCACCUCAUUCUGCCUGCUGACCUGGACAUCAUUGGCUCUACGGAGUUGAGCUUCACCAUGACCCUCACUACUUUCUCAUUUUAUAAUGGCCUUUAUGACUUUAAUAGGAAUGCCAUUAAGAAAGAAACGGCGCAUGUUUAUUUAUUUGAAGGAUGUGUUUUUGUUUUUUUUGUUUUUGAGUCGUCCUGUAUCGUUUUCCUUUCGACGUACAAUUAUACUGGACAGUCUUCGAGUCAGAUCAAAAGUUAUACCAACUGGCAUGUUUUAUGAACGGGGAGGGUGGGGUGGGGGGGUAGCAUUAGUACUAGACCCGCCUCCAGACUUAAACACAGGUUGUCCCCAGUACUUUGCUUCCCCAUUCCAGGCAUAUUAUUAAGGGGUAAUGUCUGAUUUUACCUGUUUGUCGAUUAUUGGUGUUAAGAGCAGACGCAGCAGUAGUUUGAUCUAAUAGAAAACCUCCCACCUAAUCUUACAUCACACUCCUUUAUAAUAUGAGUUUUACCCUGAUGAAGGUGCCUGGGGCUGUUACCUAAGGGCAUGCUUUUGACAAGACCCGUUUGGGACACAACCCUGUUCGUCUUCUCAUUAGAAAACAAUAGCAAUGGAUGAUAGGUCAAAAAUCUGGCCCUGGUUUAUUUUAAAAGCUUCCACUAUUUCUUCUCGGUCCACUGUAAAUACGGUGCUAUUCUAAUUACUUUAAAAUGCUUUUAUUCAAAUAAAAUCUACUCCCAAUUAUUUUCCAACUUUUACUUCCUCUAUGCCGAUUAGAAAAUAGAACACUGCUUUCAAGGGAACAGCUUUAAGACGACUACUAACGUUAAUUUGACUCAGUGCCUUUCCCAAAGUUUCCAUGGUAAUUAAGUACUACAGAUCUAGAGUAGUUUGUGUGUUGAGGAGCAACUUUGACUGAGACUUUAGAAAAGGAGAUGUGAGUAAUGGUGUAGUUUUAUCCAAAUAUUUGCAAAAAGUAUGAAUGUUUCCCAUGUGAUUGUUGUCCUUUUAUUUUUUCCUGUUUUUAAUCAUCUCCCCUCACACCAACCGCAACACACAUUACUAGUGUCAGGUCAGUCCACUGGUGGAUCUUUUAACUCGGCCCGUUCCAAACACUAAACUGCUCCAUUGUCAAAGAAAUAUUGGAAGGAAAAAAAAAAUAUAUACAAUAUUGCAAGUUGAGUGGUUUUGAAUUAUGCUGCAGUAUUUGUGGAUUCACUACAGUCGGUGUAUGUUGUUGGACUUGAGUCCCCAUCUAAAGUAGUUGUUCUGCUGUUAUAUCUUUAAAAAAAAUAUUUAAAAAAAACCUUAUAUGCAGAGUGCCAUGGUACACUAUUCCACACAGUUCAGAUGAGUUCCUGUUGAGCUAGGGAUGUCGUUAAAUGCCAAAUAUUAUUGCACCUUGAAGUGAACACAAUGAAAAUUCGCCUUGUUGGAUGUAAUAAAACUUGUUUAGGGUCAGGGUGGGUUGUUGCCAUGGGAAAUAGUUUAAAAGGUCAGUCAAUACCCAGAAUACACCCCAUCAAGGAAAUGCCUUUGUCUGUGCACGCCCUCCUUCGUCUGGGAGUGUUUGUGUUGUGUGGCCCCACCCCCCCCACCGUUUGUACAUUUCAGACAAUUCCAUUGGCCUUUAAGUGACAUCUCGGGGGCACUGGGACAUGCAACUACAACCAUUUCCCAUUCCAGCCACUCUUAUUUUCUACUGCACGAUGACACACAGACCUCCAAUUUGCAUGUCAAGACAGCCACCGUUUAUAUUGGAAAGGAGUUGUCCGCUAUGGACUUGCUGCGCAGUGAACAGUUUCUGAAGGCGACCACUGAACUGAGCCAGUAUUUGUGAAUGUUUGGUUUCGAUUGUUAAGUCAAUAAACAUACUGUAAUAGUA